AUGCCGGCGCCAGCGGCCAAGGGGGCGGGACGCGGGGGCCCGCGGGGGCCCAGAGAAGGGACGUCCUCGGAGGAGCGCGCCACGCGGGCGCCCGCGGCGAAGCCCCCCGGGCCGGGCGCGACCCCAUCGCCGGAGGGGCGGGCGGCCAUGCCCCACCCGCGCGCCUGGGGGCGGCCCCUCGAGAUGCCCGCGGUGCGCCAGGACCUGCUGCUCGGCGUCCUCAAGGCGGCCGAGGCGCGAGGCCGGAUCCGCGCCCUGCGGCUGCGCUACAUCCGCCUGCGGGCCGAGGCCAUCUCGCUCCUCAUCCAGCAGCAGGAGUCCGCGCGCGCCGCCAUCCGGCUGGAGCUGUUCCUGCCGCCGCAGCUGAAGCCCACGCGGAUCCCCGACCCCCUGGACCGCCAGGAGAGGAGGCGCGUGGAGACCAUCCUGGAGGAGAAAGCCGAGGGCAGCAUCUUCCCACGCUGACCGCGCCCCCACGGGGCCGGCGCCCCCACACUCCCGCGUAAAGAGCUCAUUGUCCAA